AUGGAUGUUCUUCCACAGCCAAUUUAUAUCUUCUCGUUCUACCUGCUGUUCUGCGAUUCGUCGGUGAACUCCAAUGCUACGCCAUCUGCCGUUAACCGCUUGAUGCUGGAACGCAGCGUCCUCCAGCGUCAGUCAGCAGAUAGUAUAUCGUUUGCCGCCAAACAUAAAAGUAACGAGGAUUCCAGCGGAUCCGAGCACUUCUCAAGGCAAGUAAAACCGCAUUUAAUUAUGACCACCAAUUUUAUUAACGAUUUUUAUCUCCGAUCAGCAGUUCCCAGUCUAUCGAUGAUAGAUUCAGCCGAGCAGCCAUUUUCCGCACACAACAUCCCAUCGACAUCGGAAGGAGCAACCGAAACCACCACCAAUGCCAUAGGUUUGGCUGAUAUUUGGAAGAAACUAACCGAAAUAGAUGCUAAAAUCGAUACCCUAAGCAGCAAACUGGACGUGGUCGAUAAAAAAAUGGACAAUUUGGCCCGCACGAUAGCGGCGAGCGGUGCAAGUGCAGCAGCGGAAAAUGUGAACAGCUCUCCUGUGCAGUGCGGUUACUGCUUGCCGGGGUAUGUUACGAUGGGUGGCGCAAAAUUACCCGUAAAAAGUGACGAAGAGCUGCAGAAGUUGGAAGAAUUUGCCCAAAGCGAAGAGGGUUCGCUACGGCUGGGCAAAACUUUCCACGGUUUGAGUAGCAAGACAGCGUACGAUUUGCUGCGGAUAGCCGUGGAAAAUCUGUUCGGCCAUUCCAGUCGCUACACGUACACGGGACGAGCGGCGCCCAACUCGAGGUACGCCCAAGCGCCACUGGCCGCCAAAGCGCUGCACAUAACCGAUAUUCUCCUCGACACGGUAAUCAGUAAAUUCAACAUAAACCGGCCGGACGCAGUAUCCGAGUUCAUAAAAGCGCUAUCCAAUUUCAACGAAGCUGUGGCCAUGAAAAAAAAGAGACGAGAGGAGCAGAAUUUAUUUUUUUAUACCUUUGGAAACGCUGAACCGAUUUGUAUUGAUUGUGGUACCAUAAGAAAUGUUCCACAGUCGCUGCGUGAAUUUUCCAGUUGGCUCUCCAAACUCGAAGAGUUCUUCAACCCGAGUGAAAGUCCGGACACAUGCAGUCAUCGGUUCGUGGAAUCCAAAUGUGGUACGAUGAAAAACGGCAUGCAACAACGAUGUAAAUUUUUGCCACCAACGUUGCCUGCUGAACUUUACGGCGCCGUUCCAAAGUAUCCAGGCCCAGCAAACGACAACGUGCUGGAUACGGUGGAAGAUUGUCAGGAUCCCGCCAAGGUAAAUCCCUAA